UAUGAAAUACCUUAUUGUAAUUGCACUAUUAAUCAAUUUGAAUCAAUGUAUCAGCUUCUAUGCUAAAGAAGGAGUAGAAAAGUGUUUUUCAGAUGAAGUGCCUAGUCAGACUGUAAAUCCUAUUUUAUUAUUCUUUAGAUUGUUGUAAUUUAUCAUGAAUUGAUGUCUGAAGGAGUGGCCAAAAAUGAAAAAAGAGGUAUUCGUUUAUUGUAUACUAAGACAUUCCAAAAAUGAUCAAAGAUGGAAUCACUUUAAAUAUAUAUGGCCCUGAUGGUAAUAUAGUGAAAACUGCUAAAACUAUAGAAGGAAAGAACAAAAUGUCAUUCACUGCUAAAACAAGUAUUCUUAUAUCUAUUUGAUAUAGUGGGCAGAUACAAGUUCUGUGUCAUUAAGUCUAAGUAAUUUUGGAGUGUGAAUGAGUAUAAAUACUCUAUUAAAAUACAAUAAGGAGUUGAUCAUAA